AUGGACGCGCAACAAUUUCGGGAAUUUGGCAAAGCGGCCAUCGACCUCAUGGCCGAUUAUGUCGAAAACAUCAGAGAUCACGAUGUCCUACCAUCAGUGGAGCCUGGCUACCUAAUAAAUGCGUUACCUCAAGAUGCUCCGGAACACCCAGAGGCCUGGCAAGACAUCCUGAAAGACUUCAACCAAACUAUUAUGCCUGGCAUUACGCACUGGCAGUCUCCACAGUUCCAUGCUUUUUACCCGACCGGUUCAUCUUAUGCAAGCAUCGUAGGAAAUAUACUAUGUGAUGGCCUGUCUGUCAUUGGACUUAGUUGGCUGUCGAGUCCGGCGUGCACUGAACUCGAAGUUCUAACUUUGAAUUGGUUGGGGAAACUGCUCGGACUACCCGAAGAAUUCCUGCAUUGUUCCAGUGGGCCUGGUGGAGGCAUCAUUCAGGGCUCCGCAAGUGAGGCGACGUUAGUGGCACUUCUAGCAGCUAAAGAUAAAACUGUACGCAGGAUCACUAAAAGUGAUCCAACCCUGGACGAAGAUUAUAUCAAACCAAAAUUAGUGGCAUAUACAUCAGACCAAUGUAACUCUUCAGUGGAGAAAGGUGGCUUAUUGGCCUCUAUGAAAAUGCGUCUACUAAAGACGGAUAGCGACGGCAGACUCCGUGGAGAAACACUCAAAAAUGCAUUUGAAGAAGACAUAUCUCAAGGUCUAAUACCGUGUUGUGUUAUUGCAAACCUUGGUACUACCGGAACCUGCGCGUUUGACCCAUUAUACGAACUGGGGCCAGUGUGCAAUGAAACAGACGUAUGGCUCCACGUGGAUGCCGCCUACGCAGGAGCAGCAUUCUUGUGUCCCGAGUACAGGCACUUGAUGAGGGGCAUCGAAUUGUCCGAUUCUAUUGACGUAAAUGCGCACAAAUGGAUGCCUGUUACUUUUGAUUGUUCUGCAAUGUGGCUCAAAAAUGGAUAUGACCUUGUAAGGGCGUUUAACGUUCAGAGAAUUUAUUUGGACGAUAUCAAGACAGAAAACAAGAUUCCUGACUAUCGACACUGGCAAAUACCCCUUGGCCGCAGAUUCAGAGCCCUAAAAUUAUGGACAGCUAUGAGGAUUUACGGUGCGGAAGGUCUUAGAAAACAUGUGAGGGAUCAAAUAACUCUGGCUCAAUAUUUUGCUAAAUUGGUACGUAGUGAUGACAGGUUUUUGGUUGAGCCAGAGCAAUCUAUGGGACUAGUAUGCUUUAGGUUAAAAGAAGGAGAUAUUGUAACGAAAAAAUUACUAGAGAAUAUAACCGAAAAGAAAAAGAUUUAUAUGGUAGCUGGUAGUUACAAUGGCAGGUAUAUGAUUAGGUUUGUAAUCUGCUCACGUUUAACGAAGAAAGAAGAUGUGGACUUUGCAUGGACACAUAUCAAAGACGAAGCAAACUUGCUUUGCUCAGAUAAAGUACACACGAAGGCACAAUUACCAGCAAUCAAUCAAAUAGUGGCGAGAGAAAUAUGUGAGAAAUCUAAAUAG